AUGGAUUCUUCUCAAAUCGCCUCCAUCAAAUCUCCGUUACUUAUCGAAAGAGACACGACCGAUUUCGGCAGUACAAACCCUAAACCAUCCCUUGUUGUUCUCGAUCCCGACACGACUCUCGGUGACUUCUCCAAUCAUGGAGUCAAGAGAGAGCACGGCGUUGACAAUGCUGAUACUAACUUGUGUAUCAAGAAAUCGAGGACCGAGAACAACUCUAACGUUGUCGCUUUGAAUGCUAAACCAUUGGCGAUCGUCGAGCCGGUUGCUCCAAAGCUAUCUAGACAGUUUUGGAAAGCAGGAGAUGAAGAAGAAGAUGUGCCUGUACCUCUCUAUUGUAGCAAUGAUGCGGCGGUUAGGGUUCAUCCUCAAUUUCUUCAUGCCAACGCCACCAGCCACAAAUGGGCACUUGGAGCUUUGGCUGAACUUCUUGACAACUCUCUAGACGAGGCUUGUAAUGGGGCAACAUAUGUUCAUGUUGAUUCAACAACAAAUCAAAAAGACGAGAAGAGCAACAUUCUAACAGUUGAAGACAAUGGAGGUGGGAUGAAUCCGAGUAGGUUUAGAGAAUGCCUUUCUUUGGGGUAUUCAAGAAAACGCAAUAUGGCGAAUACUGUUGGUCAAUAUGGGAAUGGAUUCAAAACUAGUACAAUGAGGCUUGGUGCUGAUGCAAUUGUUUUCUCGCGUUGUCGAGGAACCAAUGGAAAUAACUCGACGCAGAGCAUUGGUAUGUUGUCGUACACAUUUCUUUACGAGACAAGAAAAUGUGAAGCAAUUGUCCCCACGGUUGAUUUUGAGUUGGUUGAUAACAAUUGGAAGGAGAUAAUAUACAGUUCCACAGAUGAUUUCUUUGAGAAUUUAGACACUAUAGUGAAGUGGUCGCCUUAUUUAUCACAACAAGAUUUAUUCGACCAGUUUGAUCUCGUAGGAGACCAAGGUACUCGGAUAGUGAUUUACAAUCUUUGGGAAGACGAUGAGGGGAAGUUGGAACUUGAUUUUGACACGGAUUCUCAUGAUAUUCAACUCAGAGGUGUAAACAGAGAUGAGAAGAAUAUAGAAAUGGCGAAAGCUUAUCCUAACUCGAGGCAUUUCCUGACUUAUCGACACUCACUACGCAGUUACGCAUCGAUUCUGUAUCUCAGGCUUCCGCCAAAUUUCAGAAUCAUUCUUCGUGGCAAAGAUGUCGAACAUCACAAUUUAUUAGACGACAUGAUGAUGACCGAAGACAUAACAUACAGACCUAAGUGUUCUCCAGAAUGGUCAUCCGAUCAAAACUUAGUUGCUGCUAUAAAGCUUGGCUUUGUGAAAGAUGCUUAUCAUCACAUUGACAUACAAGGUUUCAAUGUUUACCACAAGAACCGGCUUAUCAAGCCAUUUUGGAGGGUUUGGAAUGCCGCGGGAAGUGAUGGACGCGGUGUUAUUGGUAUAUUGGAGGCUAAUUUCAUACAACCAGCUCAUAAUAAGCAAGGCUUUGAGCGAACCGCUGGUCUUGCUAAACUUGAAAACCGAUUGAUCCAACACCAAAAGAACUAUUGGUCUUCAAAGUGCCAACAGAUCGGUUAUGCUCCAAGGAGGAAACAAAAGAAUCAUGAAAGUUUCGUUACAGAAACUACUCGACAACGCGACCAGAGAUAUGAAGUACCUUUCAACCAAGUGAACCUUAACAAGGGACCUUCUUCUUCUACUGCAACACCAAGUCAAUACUGGCAAAAUGUUGAAUCAUCAUCUGAAAGAAACCGAAACUGUCAGGUUGAUACACAAGAAAUUCGUGUCGACAUGAAACCUGACAUCGGGUUUAAGAACGGGAAACAUGGGCUUGGGAUAAGUAUCAAUGAAACAGGGUCAGCUAAUCUAGCAGCUGAGUUGCAGAAGGUGAAAGAGGAGUCAGCAAAACAGAAAACUCUGUUUGAGUUUCAACUCAAGGAGUCAGAAACUAGAAUCCAAGGUUUGGAAAAGGCGCACAAUACAGCGUUGAAGUACUUUCGCGAAGAAAGAAGCCGCAGAGAUGUGACUGAGAGUGACUUGAGGAAGGAGCUACGGGGAGCUUAUUAUGAAAUUCAUGAGCUAAAGAAGAAAGUGAAUAGCCUCGAAGCGGAUAAAGCAUAUUGUAAGAAGAUGCAUGCCAACAAAUGA